UCUAGGUGACACUACAUUGGGAAACCCUCAGCGACAAGGAUACAACACUACUUGCCGUUCCACUUGUUCUAUAACAGAAUCUUACAAGGAACUCGGAAUGCGUCUGAAGGUGGAAAGUCCAAUGGUUCUUCACGUUAACAGGCUUCACAACAUCCAUGACAACGGGUUUGACAGGGAGUUCAACAGAACUGCUGAUCCCGUGUCAAAACUCUCCACAAAUCAACUGAUUCACAGCAGCGCAGGAUGGGUGAACGAGUACCACACCACAAACGCAGACAGCAACGACAACUACAACAUACAACAGACGCAGUUGAGGUUCGGCAAACAGCGGUCGCCGGCACCCAGUCUAGCUGACGACGAGGACGAUCAGCACAGUAGUGGGUCCAGUUCUUCGGACGUCUCCCCAGACCUAGAGGACUACCGGAGUCUCAGCCAGAGCAGCGAUACAGAAAGUGACGUUCCUCGGCCUCCCAGUGGCAAUCCGAGGAGCAUCGUCAACCCGAACUAUCCGGGGUUUGACCACUUCGCGUCCCAACUACUCACUCCAGGCUCAGAAAGCGAGGAGGACAUCAGCCUCAACAACAACAAUAACAACAACAACAUCAACGAGGACGACACCUUCGAGAAGACCUUCUACGACAAACCCAAGUUCAACACUGAGGAACUGUGUGACUGUGACGUUACUAAACAGCUGAACUCGCUGAACAUCAAGGAGGUGGAGAAGAACAUUCAGCUGGACAUGGAGCUGAGGAUGGACGAGGUUAAAUAUGCAGAAAACAAGAUGGCGGACGCGUUCUUGUCCGGGGUAAAAGAAGAGAUAAGGAAACACGAGGAUAAUCGAGUGGAGAGGAAGAUGGAGCCGAGGAAAAUUGAUAAAAUGGAGGAGAGCUUGAAGAAGGUAAAGACUGUAAGCCAGGCUGCCAACAUCACAACAUACACACCUCCAACAAACCUGGCGCUGAGGUCGUCGGCUCAGAGGCGUUCUAGGGACAAGAAAAAAACGUCACCUGACAUUGGCAGUUUCGACGUGUACAAUAUAGAAACGGCGAUGCCCGUCAUAGACUUGGACGCCAUAGAAAACCAUCUGAAAGCCGCCAGAGAGGAAGAGAGGAGGAGGCGAAAUGACAGGGAAGAGAUACGUCGACGACUGGCUACGGGAGACGCUGAUGAGUUCUACGGUGGAGACAGACCAGGAAGAAAGCCAAGUCUGCAGGCUCGCUUACAAAGUGGAAUGAACCUCCAGAUAUGUUUCAUGAACGACCAGAUGUCAGAUACAGAGUCUCCAAGUUCAGAUUCCGAGACCCCUGCAAAACUGGUCUCUCCGAUGAAACAGAAACAACCUUCUCCACUGUCCAAAACCCCAGAGACGAACAAACUGUCACCUUCACCCAACGGACUCACAAAUGUUGGUAUUGCUGAGAUGUCGGAGGUCGACGUUCUAGUGUGUAUUGCGAGACUGCAGACAGAGGCUCGUACAGCUCUAGCACAGGCCUCUGACUUGGCACAUCUACAAAUGCAGAUCGAGCGCCAACGAAGGAGUGUCAGCCCCAUCACCGAGAUGCUACGAAACACUUUACACAAGGUGGGGGUUGUGUUUCCGCAAGAUCGUAGAAGAGUCAGUCGUCAAAUGUUAACGGACAUGAACAUUGCCCAACUGCAAGUUAUAGCCAACGAUCUUCAUGCGCAGAUAGAAACACUCAAUGAGAGCCUAGUCAAGUUCCUAAUGGAGAGAGAUGAACUUCAUAUGAGCCAAGAUUCCAUGUUGGUGGACAUUGAAGAUCUUACACGAUACUUAGGUGCCAAGGAGAACACAUUUAAGGAAGAUAUUAGUUUCAACAACAAUCUACACGAGAGCAAGAGCAAGCUACCGGCUAAUAGAACAGCAAGAAUAGUUCGUAAAUGAACAAAACCGUAAUCUCUAAAGAACUAUUCUCUUACAAGAACUAAUCCCUGUGGAACUGUUCUUUCACCACAACAGUGUUAAUGUAUAAAGUAAAUACCUUACAAUCACUGUAGUGGAAAAUCAAAGCUUCUUGCAAAAUGUAAAAGCUGAUCAACCUCAAAAUUCCUCACUUCUCUCAGUCUGCAAAUAAAACGUUAUUUAAAUUGUAUAUUUUAAUUUGGUGUUGAAUUUGGUUAAAUUAGCCAGAUUAACGGACGCGUUGCAGAAAGUCAAC